AAAACAUUGGAGACCAUAGCCUUCUUUCUUUCUUUCUUUCUGUAUUUUAAUUCAAUACUCAGUAUAUAAGGAGCGCCAUUUGAAGACCCGCAUUGUUAUGGCCACUUUAGAGUUGCAUGUGAAAGACGACGCUCCUCUGCGUCAUCCCGUUUGGGGCGUGGAUUCCAUUUUCGGGUCCUGCGCCCAAUCCGAAACUUCUUCCGAUGGCUUUAGCACCUCCUGCGGGUCCGAAUUGGGCUUAACCAUAACCGAAACAGAGAGCGACGUUACAGGCGGCGGCGGAGAGCAACAAGAACAAGAUUUCAUUGCUGAGUUAACUCGGCAGAUGGCUGAUUACAUGCUCCGAGAUGAUGAUGACGGCGGCGAAGGCGAAAAACCGAUUCUCUCCCAAGAAAAACCCUCCAAUGGCAGCUCCAUAUGCUAUUACGAUAACAGAGGAUUAUUCGAAUCGGGUACCGCAGUUCAAACAAGUUUCAUGCUCAACGAUUCGAUUAGACCCAUUGAAGUUUAUAAAUUACAGAACCAGCCUUCGGUCGCUGAACAGGGGAUUCAGAUUGCUUCGCGGGGAAGGCGAUCCAAGGCAGCCGGGUCGACCCGCCGGAGAAAGCCGAGAACAGCGUCAAAUCCCGACCCGAAGGACCGGCCGCAGCAGCCGUCAUCGAAGAAGAGUCCGAGAAGAGGCGGAGGAAAGGCGGACCCGGUGAAAAACGGGCCGGCUAUGCAGGCAAUAUUAAUUGGCGGGUCGGGGCUCCGGAAUAAAUCUCAUUGUGUUGGGACAGGUGUUUUCUUGCCCCGUGUAAUCAACCAACACCCAACUGAAACUGUGAAAAAAUCAGGAUGUUCAACUGCAUUGGUACCAGUGCGGGUAUUACAAGCCUUACAACUUCAUUUCAACCAAACGGAGGCUGCUGUGUCGCAAUCUAAUGCAUGCAUUCCAUCUACUCCUCCUCUCAUUCCCUACCGGAGCCCCAUGUUUGAUGGGAGAAUGAAGGGAGAGCGACGUACAACAGGAGAUACCCAUCUCCUACCGACAAAGGAAAUGAGCAGCCACGAGGCUCAGUUGCCUCAAGAAUGGAUCUAUUGAUGAAGUCAUUGGAAUCUUUCGAAGCAGUCAUAUAAUAAUGGAAUCUUUAGCUAAGGUAUCCUGGCUGGGUUAGUGGGUUUAGGAAUUUAUAAAAGUAAACGGAAAGAAAAGAAACAAAUAAUUUGUACUUGUGAUUCAAAAUAAGACGUGGCCUUGUCGACCGGAUGUCUGAUUGUUGCUAGCUAAUAAGAGAGGUCACAAUUUGAUCGGGGGUUGUUUGUUCCUCACUUUGGAUGGAGGGAUGUCAUAUAGUCACACUCCUCUGCAUUACAUUUGAUACUUCUUUUUUGUUCAAUCUAAAAUAAACCUAUAUCAUCUUGAAAAAGUCUCUUUCUACACUAUUACACGUCCCCUUUUUGUCGGU